UGAUGCAACAGUUAAAGCUUUUCCAUUUCCAGUUGCUCCUAAUAUGACACGAGAGCCUGAUACUGGUUAUCCAAAACUAGAUGAAUGUCUUAAACAUCCUUUUUUUCAAUAUUAUCUUACUGAAGCUGUUUUGCAUGGAUUUAAAAUGCUAUAUACAAAUGGCAAUGGUACACUUGAUUCAUUUGCUUCUUUUUGGCAAACUGUUGCUAAUACAUUUGCUAAUCGUUCAUCUGUUCUUGGUUAUGAAUUACUUAAUGAACCAUCAGUUCCUGAACUUGCUGAAGUCAUUGAAACAGGAGAUGUUGACCGAAUUUAUUUAGCACCUAUGUAUAAAAAAUUACAUGAAGUUAUUCGUCAAGUUGAUGAUAAACAUAUUAUAUUUUUUGAACCAUGCGUUGCCGAUCUAUUUCAAACAGGACUUGAAGAAGGACCUGGUGGUAUUGAUUAUAAUGAUCGACAAGCAUUUAGUUAUCAUGUUUAUUGUAUUGAUGUUACAAAACAAGGUGAUCCAAAAUCAGAUCUUAUUUGUGAUAUAGAUGAUGCACUCCUUAUUAGUUUACGAUAUGAAGAAGCUAAGAAAAAGAAAUUUGGUGGAAUGAUGUUAACAGAAUUUGGUGCUAUAAGUAAUUCGACGGAAGGUGUUAAAGAACUUCAUCGAAUAACAGGAUUAGCAGAUGAAUUUUUUCAAAGUUGGUCUUAUUGGCAAUUUAAAAAAUAUCAAGAUUUAACAACAGCGGCACGUCCAGCAACAACUGAAUCAUUCUAUACUGAAGAUGGUGAAUUAGAAAUGAAUAAAGUAAAAGCACUUUCACGAUCAUAUGCACAAGCAAUUGCAGGUCAACCAUCAUUUAUGUUCUUUGAACCAAUAUCUUCGACUUUUGAAUUAGAUUUUAUCGUCAAUACAGAUAUUAAACAACCAACAAUUAUUUAUAUAAAUGAAGAUUUAAAUUAUCCACAUGGUAAUGUUAUUAAUAUAUCACCAACUAAUUCAUUAACAUGGAUAUCAACUGAACGAAAUUAUUAUGAAUUUUCAACGACGACAUCAACAAAAAAUGGUACAAUAAUUACUAUUAAAAUUACACCAAAAACUCUCAAUUGGUUUAAGAGAACUUGGAAUUGGCUUAAAAUGAAAAUUUAUUUUUGGAAUAAAUAA